AUACACUUCCUUGUCUCUCUAGAUAAAUACAGCCUUGAACAUGAACCUGGGCAACCCAUUCCUAAUUAAAUUCCUAAUGAUCUUGUUCAGCUUGGAAGGUUCUGCGUCCGUGAAUGUCAAGAUUCACAGUUAUAUUGGAAACCAAAUUAUUCUUCCCAGUCCCAGAUCCAGUGCCAAACCACAUACUUUAAUCUGGAUUAAGGACUCUACAUUUAUUGCAGAUUUUACAGCUAAUAAGACUGGUCUGCUAAAACCACAACCAGACAAAUUCCACUUAUUUCCUAAUGGAAGUCUGAAAAUAAAUAGAUUGAAGAAAAUGGAUGCUGGAAAUUACGAAGUAGAAGCACAUGAUGAAAAUGGCAAUAGUUUAUUUAAUGGAUUAAUUACGUUGCAAGUUGAUGAGCUGCAACUAAAACUCAAUGAGCUUUGUUCCCAAAGAAUAUUGACAUGCGAGGUGAAAUCUUCUGAGGAACCAAAACCCAGAUUUAAAUUGUUUCAAGAUACUAAAGAAAUUGAAAUGUUUGAACAACCAGUAUAUGACAAUGCAACAUGGAAGAUGACAUUGCAAUUAAAAGUCCUUUCUGGAAAAUUCAGAUGUGAGGUUGAUGUUAAUUCUGAGAAGAAUCAUACCGAGAAACAUAUAACAUGUUCAGGAGAAGAUUUACCUGAUUCAGUACCUAUAUUCCUCAUCCUGAUAAUCAUGGGAAGUGUAGUCACAUUGAUCAUCUUUUUGGCUCUGAUUAUUUACUGCAUCAGAAGGAAGAAAGCAAAAAGAUGUGAAAGGGAAGCUGAAGAGUAUGCCCUGCAAAUCCAGAUUAAGAAUCACAUGCAACAAAGGAAACUUCCUGAGAUUCCUGCUUCUUCUGGCUCUAAUCCACCAUCUCAUAAAAGCAGGUCCCCUCCUUCUGAGCUGCAGCAACAGAUUGCUCCCUCCAAAUCAUGCCCUCAUCCGAAACCACCCCGGCGCAUAAAAGAAAGACCUUAAGUAUUUUUGUGUGGCAUACUUACUUCAGAGGAAAUACUUUUGCUUUCCAUAUUAGCAUUGCAAUGUCUGUAAAUGUGGUUAGCCAGCCAACUCUGAGCAGGCUUAAAGUGUGGCUGUUGGCAAAUAGAUUAGAAACAAAACUAGAAAAUCAGAAGAUUCACAGUAACUUAUUAUUCCCACAGAAAAAGCUAUGUAGGACUUCAUGACUAGAGAGAUUUUGGCCUGUUUUAAUGAUUGUAUAACUGCUGUUGUUUUCAAACAAUUUAAGUAUUUUCUUGUAUGACAUUGUUUUAUAUUUAUAUUUCCUAUCAUAUAUCUUUGUAGUUUUGCACUAUAUUUGUGUAAUAGAUACGCAGAGAAUUGAUUUAAAGCAAUA